AUGUCCCCUUCCCUGCUUCCCCGUGUCCCCUUCCCUACUUCCCCAUGUCCCCUUCCCUGCUUCCCCAUGUCCCUUUCCCUGCUCAUCGCGCGGCCCUUUCCCUGCUUCCACGUGUCCCCUUCCCUGCUUCCCCCCAUCCCUUUACAUGCUUCCCCCCAUCACCUUCCCUGCUUCCCCAUGUCCCCUUCCCUGCUUCCCCCCACGCCCUCCCCUGCUUCCCCAUGUCCCUUUCCCUGCUUCCCCCCAUCCCCUUCCCAGCUUCCCCGUGUCCCCUUCCCUGCUUCCCCAUGUCCCUUUCCCUACUUCCCCAUGUCCCCUUCCCUGCUUCCCCCCAUCCCCUUCCCUUCUUCCCCCCAUCCCCUUCCCUGCUUCUCCAUGUCCCCUUCCCUGCUUCCCCGUGUCCCUUUCCCUGCUUCCCUUCAUCCCCUUCCCUUCAUUCCCGCAUCCCUUUACAUGCUUUCCCCCAUCCUCUUCCCUGCUUCCCCCCAUCCCCUUCCCUGCUUCCCCAUGUCCCUUUCCCUGCUUCCCCAUGUCCCCUUCCCUGCUUCCCCCCAUCCCCUUCCCUUCUUCCCCCCAUCCCCUUCCCUGCUUCUCCAUGUCCCCUUCCCUGCUUCCCCGUGUCCCUUUCCCUGCUUUCCCCCAUCCCCUUCCCUUCUUCCCCCCAUCCCCUUCCCUUAUGUUCCCCCAUCCCCUUCCCUGCUUCCCCAUGUCCCCUUCCCUGCUUCCCCAUGUCCCCUUCCCUGCUUCCCCAUGUCCCUUUCCUUGCUUCCCCAUGUCCCUUUCCUUGCUUCGAGGUCUUCCCCCCAUCCCCUUCCCUGCUUCCCCACGUCCCUUUCCUUGCUUCCCCAUGUCCCUUUCCUUGCUGCCUUUGUAGAUAGCUAG